AUGGGGCUAUCCCUCUCAUUACUUGCGUCAGCCUGGGAGGAGAUUGUAAAGCAUAGUUUCUUUGAUUUGACAUACAACAUCCGUUUCAGUCCCAGAGAUGGAGGUGCUCAUGUGAUAUUGAGAACAACUAGCUUCAAGAAAACAGAACCAGAAACCACCAUUGUUUCGAAUAGUUCUAACAAAUUGGGGACCAACAAUUCAACUCGUUUGAGGGAUUGCAAGCCUGAAAAUGUAACACUCAGAAAUCUUUCGUUCAAGGGUCUUGUUCAAGACAGGCAGGAAAUGGCCACAGAUGUUUGUAAAGGCAAAAAUGAUUUGAAGCAUAAACCAAUGCCUGCACUUGCUGUGCCUGAAAACCCAGUUUUCUUUUCACCAAGGCCCGUUAGUGAGCUUGAUGCUGCCGCAGUUAAGCUUCAAAAGGUUUACAAGAGUUAUCGAACUCGAAGAAACCUGGCAGAUUGUGCUGUGGUGGUUGAGGAGCUAUGGUGGAAGGCAUUAGAUUUUGCAGCUCUCAAGCGGAGUUCUGUGUCAUUCUUCAAUGUUGAGAAACCGGAAACUGCUGUUUCCCGGUGGGCAAGGGCUAGGACAAGAGCAGCCAAGGUCGGAAAGGGUUUGUCCAAGGAUGAGAAGGCACAAAAGUUGGCUCUUCAACACUGGCUUGAAGCUAUUGAUCCACGACAUCGGUAUGGACACAAUUUACACUUUUACUAUGAUAUCUGGUUUGAAAGUGAGAGCAGUCAGCCUUUCUUCUACUGGCUGGAUGUCGGAGACGGUAAAGAAAUAACUGUGGAGAAAUGUCCCAGGCCAGUUCUACACCGGCAAUGCAUCAAGUAUCUCGGACCGAUAGAGAGAGAAGCAUAUGAAGUAGUGGUGGAAAAUGGGAAGCUUUUAUACAGGCAAAGUGGGGUGCUUGUGAACACCAUUGCAGGUUCCAAAUGGAUAUUUGUGCUGAGCACAACAAGGUCCUUGUAUGUGGGGCAGAAGAAGAAGGGCCAGUUUCAACACUCCAGUUUUCUAGCAGGAGGAGCCACCACAGCAGCUGGAAGAUUGGUUGCCCAUGAUGGGAUUCUUGAGGCUAUUUGGCCAUACAGCGGUCAUUAUCACCCAACAGAAGAAAACUUCAUGGAAUUCAUCAGCUUCCUAGAAGAAAAUCAUGUAGAUCUCUCCAAUGUUAAGAGGUGUGCAAUUGAUGAUGACUAUCCUUCAAUGAAGAUCACUGAUGGGGAACCAACAAAGCUUGAAUCAUUCAAAUCAACAGAAUCAGACGGUGGAAAGACAACUAGUUCAGAUGAUAUCACAAAGAAAACCACAAUCACAACCGUUAAAGAGGAAACUAAGAAGGUUUUGGUUGCCAAUGCCAAACCACCAGUGUUUGACUCGGCCAAACGCUUGUCAUGCAAAUGGACUUCAGGAACUGGACCCAGAAUUGGGUGUGUCCGGGACUACCCAGCAGAGCUACAAUCCAGAGCAUUGGAACAAGUCAACCUGUCGCCCCGGGUCACUCCUGCAACGUUGGGACAUUAUGGCCCAAUUCCAUCUCCAAGGCCCAGCCCGAAGGUCCGGCUCUCACCAAGACUUGCAUAUAUGGGCCUCCCAAGCCCAAGAACCCAAAUUCCCGCAGCCAGCUAA